AUGCGCGUGUUUGACGACGACGGCUUGACGCUGAAGUACGCAGAGAUGCUGCGCGACACCGGCAUCGCGGUCCUCUGCGUGCACGGCCGCACGCGGCACAACAAGCGGGAGCUUGCGGAUGUUGCGCAGAUACGGCGCGUGCGUGAGCACCUGUGCGGGUCCAUUCCCGUCAUUGGGAACGGCAACGUAUUGGUGUUUGAGGAUGUUUUGCGUAACCUGUCGGUAACGGGGUGUGAGGGGUACAUGUGCGCGGAGCCGCUGCUGUGGGACCCGCGCCUCUUCUCAGCCCCGCCUCACCCGAUGCGCAACGGGCGCUACGUCACUGAGUGCCGUGAGGCACGACUGGGCGCUAUUCGUACGGCUCAGGAGUACCUGCAGCUGGUGCAGCGCUACCCUGUCGACGUCAGCUUUGUCAAGGCGCACCUCUUCAAGAUGCUGUUCCCCUGCUACGAGACGUACCCGGCUCUGCAUGGGUGGCUCACCACCUUCACCUGCAACAGCCGGAGCAGCUGUAAGAGCAGGGAGAAAACGGAAAGCCCACGGCGACAAGCAACGGCUAAGGCAAGCUCGGACUUCUUCACCACUGCCAUGGCUGCGCUUGGCGAACACCUGCGGCACAUGUACGCGACGGAGGUCUCGUGCAACAUCGACGGGCCGCCUCCCAAGCGGGCGAAGGAGCGCCACCAGAACACCACCGAUGACACGUCAACGCCAAGGGAAAGGGAAAGGAGGAAAGCGGCGGUGAUGCCAUCUGACCCCUUCGCCGAGGACGAGGUGUUGGGCAUCGCGUUUGACUAA